AGGAUAAGGAUGGAUUACUACAGAAAAUAUGCAGCUGCCAUUCUGGUAGUGUUGUCCGUGUUCCUGAAUAUUCUUCAUUCUCUUCCUGAUGGAGACUUUGUUAUUCAGGGUUGCCCAGAAUGUAAACUAAAGGAAAAUAAAUACUUCUCCAAGCUGGGCGCCCCCAUCUACCAGUGCAUGGGCUGCUGCUUCUCCAGGGCAUACCCCACUCCAGCAAGGUCCAAGAAGACAAUGCUGGUUCCAAAGAAUAUCACCUCGGAGGCCACAUGCUGUGUGGCCAAAGCAUUUACUAAGGCCACAGUGAUGGGAAACGCCAGAGUGGAAAACCACACGGAGUGCCACUGCAGUACUUGUUACUAUCACAAGUCUUAGACUCCGGCGGCGGCGAAGGGCUGUGCUGGUGACUGCUGGUCUGUGGGGCGGCACUGUGUGAUGCCGCCUCCUUCCUUACCAGGCUCUUGGCAUGCUCCAGUCAGACACUGCAGCUUUACUCCAUGCCCCUCACACUUUGGUGUCAUCAGCAGUCUCCUUUUGUUAGGGAAAAAGAUAGUGUUUAGCACGAUCAUAAAAGUUGGUUCCAUCAGAA